CCAUCUUGCAGGUCUUUGUCCUGCUCUGGAUCCUCUGUCCAUUCAUUUCUUCAUGCCUUCCUUCUGCAUUCAUUCUGUCCUGUUCCGCUCGCCGAAGCCACGUUAUCCUAGGGUUUAGUCCCAAAUGAGUCAGCAUACAGCCCCGCUCUGCGGGGGCUGCCUGUCUGGCGAGGACACCCGCACAAACACGGUUGCAGAGAGCGAGGAGCGCUGGGUUUCUGCAGAUCUUGUCCCUCCCCAGAGAGUCUGAGAAGGCCUACUCACCAAGGCCAUGGAAGUGGAGGCUACAGAGGCCAGGUCCCCAGGCCCCUGCUACAAGCGCUCUGGCCGCCGUUAUAAGUGCCUGCUUUGUACAAAGACGUUUCCAAAUGCUCCCAGAGCAGCCCGCCAUGCUGCUACACAUACACCUACAGACUGCACAGAGGAGGCGAGCGGGGUCCAGCCAAAGGUGGAUGCAGAGCCCAAGGCCGAGGAAGCCAGUGGAGACAAGGUAUCCGCUUCAGUAGCCAAGCCCCGGCCCUAUGCCUGCCCACUGUGCCCCAAGGCCUACAAGACAGCUCCUGAGCUACGCAGCCAUGGGCGCAGCCACACUGGUGAGAAGCCCUUCCCAUGCCCAGAGUGUGGCCGCCGCUUCAUGCAGCCAGUAUGCCUGCGUGUGCACCUGGCUUCACAUGCUGGUGAGCUGCCCUUCCGAUGCACACACUGCCCCAAGGCUUAUGGUACACUCUCUAAACUAAAGAUCCACCAGCGUGGGCACACGGGUGAGCGGCCCUAUGCCUGUUCUGACUGCGGCAAGAGCUUUGCUGAUCCUUCAGUGUUCCGCAAGCAUCGGCGCACCCAUGCCGGCCUGCGACCCUACAGCUGCGAGCGCUGCGGCAAAGCCUAUGCUGAGCUCAAGGACUUACGCAACCACGAAAGGUCCCACACGGGUGAGCGCCCCUUCCUCUGCUCAGAGUGUGGUAAAAGCUUCUCUCGAUCCUCUUCCCUCACAUGCCACCAGCGUAUCCAUGCAGCCCAGAAACCCUAUCGCUGCCCGGCUUGUGGGAAGGGCUUCACACAGCUCAGCUCUUACCAAAGCCAUGAGCGCACACAUUCAGGCGAGAAGCCCUUCCUGUGCCCACGGUGUGGCCGCAUGUUCUCUGAUCCCUCGAGCUUCCGCCGUCACCAGCGCGCACACGAGGGUGUAAAGCCUUACCGCUGUGAGAAAUGUGGCAAGGACUUCCGGCAGCCCGCCGACCUGGCCAUGCAUCGGCGAGUACACACCGGCGACCGACCCUUCAAGUGCCUGCAGUGUGACAAGACUUUUGUGGCUUCCUGGGACCUCAAGCGGCAUGCAUUGGUGCACUCAGGACAGCGGCCAUUUCGCUGUGAGGAGUGUGGGCGAGCAUUUGCUGAACGAGCUAGCCUCACGAAGCACAGCCGCAUGCACUCCGGCGAGCGUCCAUUCCACUGUAAUGCCUGUGGGAAAUCCUUUGUGGUAUUAUCCAGCCUCAGGAAGCAUGAGCGUACCCACAGAAGCAACGAGACUACAGGAGCUGCCCCCCAGCAGGAGUUGGUGCUGGGACUGGCACUGCCUGUAGGUGUCGUAGGUGAGGGCCCAGCCGCCCCCGUGGCAGGUGCAGGGAUAGGGGAUGCUCCAGCGGGGCUGCUAGGAUUACCGCCUGAGUCUGGUGGUGUAGUGGCCACACAGUGGCAAGUGGUGGGCAUGACUGUGGAACAUGUGGAGUGCCAGGAUGCUGGCGUUGGGGAAGCACCUAGUACCCUGGGAGAUGCAGGAGAGGUGGGGGGUGAGGAGACUGAUGAGAAGCCCCCACAGUUUGUGUGUCGUGAGUGCAAAGAAACUUUCUCCACACUGACACUGCUGCGCAGGCACGAGCGCUCCCACCCGGAGCUCCGGCCCUUCCCCUGCACUCAGUGUGGUAAGAGCUUCUCAGACAGGGCGGGGCUUCGGAAGCAUAGCCGCACCCACAGCUCUGUCCGCCCCUACUCCUGUUCCCAGUGUCCUAAAGCUUUCUUGAGUGCCAGUGAUCUGCGCAAACAUGAACGCACCCACCCUGUGCCCAUCGGAACCCCCAUACCCCUGGAGCCCCUUGUGGCUUUGCUAGGAAUGCCAGAAGAAGGCUCAGCUUGAAGUCUGUAGACCUCUACUGCACUCCAGAAGCCCAUCUCUAGUCUCCAAAUCCCUGCCUCUGGGCAGCUAGCUCAGGUCUCAUCCACUAAGAGCUGUGAGCAGCAGAGGCAGGUGGCACUUCUGAGGGAGACUCAUUAAAGCAUUGGCUUUGAUACCAA